UGUCCCUCAGACACAGCGGAUCACCGAUCCACGGAAAGAGCCGAAGAUGACAGCUCGGUCAUGUGAUCAGCUGUGUCCAAUCACAUCAGUGCCACCUGUCAGUGUCCAUCAGCGCCACCUGUCAGUGCUCAUCAGUGCCACAUCAAUGCCACAUAUCAGUGCCUACCAGUGCACAUCAAUGCCACAUAUCAGUGCCCAUCUGAGCUGCCUUUCAGUGUCACCCAUUAGUGCCACCUAUCAAUGCCAAUCAGUGCCACCUAACAGUGCCAGUCAGUGCCACCUAACAGUGCCAGCCAGUGCCUUCUAUCAGUGCUGCCAGUCAGUG